GUAUAAAAUGACCAGCACAUCUCCCUCCCCUACUUCGCUCUCUUUCUCUCUCUCUGACUUUAACCAGCUCUUUGGACAACUUCGUCAACAUGUCACAGGUCCAGCAGGCAAUGGGAUUGCUCAUCGCAGCCUUCCACAAGUACUCUGGCAAGGAGGGUGACAAGCUGACCCUGAGCAAGGGGGAGCUCAAAGACCUGCUCAAUGCAGAGCUGGGAGAACUGCUAGGGAAAACCGCUGACCAGGCAAAAGUUGACAAGAUCUUCAAAGAUCUGGAUGCCAACCAGGAUGGUUCUGUGGACUUCCAGGAGUAUGUCACCCUGGUGGCCUGUCUCACCAUGGUCUGCAAUGAUUUCUUCACCAAAAAGUGAUACAGCUUAUCCCAGUAAAUGUACCCAGAACUGCAGCCCCAGCUUUAUUUUACAUUGGCAAUCUCAUCUAUUCAGGUUCAGAGAGGGAGAGAAAUGCAGGUUUAUACACGUUAAAAGGGGUUGGUGAUACAUACCACACAUAUAUAGACAGGGAAGAGAGACAGACACAUAUACUAACCAGUACAAUAUGAACAUGAAGGCUACAUUCUCAUGAGAUAGAGAGGCAGCUCUGUGGUUUGUUUAAAGUGGAAAAUGAAAUAAACUAUUUUCAUAUUGUU